AUGGCACUCUCUGAGGAACUCUCUUCCUUGAAGAUGAAAGAAGGGGAGGGAGUGGCUGCAUACUGGGCGCGUGCCGAGGACUUGAGGUCCAAGUACUUGGCUGCAGGAGGGAAGGAGGAGGUUGAGGAGUGGAUGAUGAGGGUACUCAAAGGACUACCUCCUCACUUUGAGAUGCUGAAGGUAGUGCUGAACAACCAAUCACCAUCGCUUACUAAGGAUCAGCUGCUUACCUCCUUGAGGAGUGAGGAGAUGCGGAUUGGUGUCGCACCAAGAUCGGAUGGUGUAGCCACUUUUGGAGCGGGUACGAAAGUGGGCAGCAGCGGCAGGGGAAAUUGGGACAAGGGAGGAAAGCAUGGAGGCAGCGGUAGCAGCAGUGACACCAACUCGGGCAAAUGGGGUCAAGGAAAAGGCAAAGCGAGAGUGCUUGAUUUCCCCUGGGGAUCCAAGGGCAUGGCUCAUCGGGGGUUGUGUCAUGGCUGUUGGGAUGAGGGACAUGCAUGGCAGCGAUGUCCUCAUCGAUCUAAGGGAAGCAUUCCGGCAUUCUUAAAGCGGGGGGGUCGUGGAUCCAACGGCAAGGCACAGGUGGCGGAUGAGGAGGAGCAGGAUGACAAGGCAGAGGCAGUGGUUGGAGAGGCAGUUGCAGCAGUGGGAGAGGAGCAGCCGCGAGAGGGGUGGUGGAUUGACAGUGGGGCCAGCCACAACUUUACUCCUUAUGCAUCGGACUUCAAAAGUAAGCUUCAGCCACCAGAGGUUCGGGGAGUUAGAUUGGGAGAUGGACGGGUGGUGAAAGCUGUUGGCAUGGGUGAGGUGCCAGUGGUUGGUGCUGGAGGUCAGCUGCUGAGGAUUCAAAAGGUCCACCUUGUGCCUGAGAUGCACACGCGUCUGCUGUCAGUCCCACACCUCACCUCUCGAGAUGUCAUUGUCACAUUCAAGGGCAAGAAAUGUGUUCUUAAACGGGGGGGGAGGGUGUUGGCGAUUGGAGAAAAGGAGAGGGGCAGGGACCAUGGAUUGGUGCGGAUGUCUCUUCCUCUUGCUCGGGGCACACAAGGCAGUGCUCUUGCAGCUGGACGAGUUUGGUCGUUCCCACUCCCCAACAAGGAAUCGGCCACCGUCGCAAAAGUCCUUCGCCAAUGGCAUAAGGACGUGGAGUUGGAGUGUGGGCAGAAGCUGAAGGCUGUUCGCUCCGACAGGGGUGGCGAGUUCUUGGAGGACGCUGUGAAAGCAUGGAAAGCGGAGUUUGGCAUCAAAACCCAAUUGAGUGUCGCAGAUACACCGCAGCAGAAUGGGGUCGUGGAGAGGUGGCACAUGACAAUGGCAGAGGGGAUUCGCACAUUGUUGGUCGACAGUGGUCUCCCUGCUCGCUUGUGGGGUGAAGCAUUGAUGUGGGUCGUGUGGGUUAAGAACAGGGUCACCCACAGUGCUUUGCCUGCCUCCAUCACACCAAUGGAGGCGUGGUCCGGCCAGAAGCCGCAUCAAGGGUUGGCGCAUGCUGGACCCUUCUCUCAUGCGCAUUCCCAACUCCUCCCUCUUCCACUCUCUCCACCCUCAGCAACGGUUGACGAUGUUGAGAUGCCACCUUCAUCACUGCCACCGGCACCGCUGAGUGUGUCGGUGCAGCAGCAGCCCACCCCUCUGCAGCAGCUCAGUGGCCCCUCGGUCAUUCAGCGGAGAUCCGCUACACAGGCUACUUCCUCUUCCUCCUCCUCUGAUCAGCGCUCUGUCCCUCUCUCUACGGGUGCCCCUCCGUCACCAGCGACUACCUCCCCACCACCGGUUACGGGUUUGCAGGUGCUUGGUAUCCCGUUUGGUACAGGUGGUGAGGAGGUAGGGGGGGAUGCUGGUGUGGUUGAGGGCAUGCUGUGUUUGGCCAGGGAGGUGGAAGGUGUUGCACUGGUAGGUGUGAGCACCGGUGAUGUCCCACGCACACUCGCUGAGGCCCUGCGUGGCCCCGAGGGCCCUGCGUGGAAGGCAGGCGCUGAGAAGGAGGUAAAUGCAAUGCGCACUAUGGGUGUAUGGGAUCCAGAGCCGGUCGACUUACCUCCAGUCCCGUUUCUUGAAUUCAAGCACCUGCUCGACUCUGAUCUCCCCUUAUCUUCCCACCCCAAAUACCUUCCCACUCGUUUUGUUGGAACCACCUUGCCGUCACCUCUCCCUCACUCCCGGCCGUCGCCUCACCUCACCCCCCACCGUCGCCUCUCCCUCCCUCCCCGCCGUCGCUCUCCCUUCCUCCUCCUCGUCGCCUCUCCCUCCCUUCCCGCCGUCGCCUUUGGGGAGAGAGGGAGUGUGAGGGAGUGUGUGCGCACGGGAGCGAGCACGCAGGCGCAUAGCGCGUUGGCGCCUAACGGGCUGGCGCCUGACGCGCUGGCGCCUAGCCCACUGGCGCCUAACGCGCAGGCACCUAGAGCGCUGGCGCCUAACGCGCUAGCGCCUAGCGCGCUGGCGCUUGCUGCGCUGGCGCCUAGCGCGUUGGCGCAUAGCGCGCUGGUUCCUAGCGCGCUGGCGCCUAAUGCGCAGGCGCCUAGAGCGCUGGCGCCUAACGCGCUGGCGCUUGCUGCGCUGGCGCCUAACGCGCUGGUGCCAAACGCGCUGGCGCCUAGCGCGCUGGCGCCUAAUGCGCAGGCGCCUAGAGCGCUGGCGCCUAACGCGCUAGCGCCUAGCGCGCUGGCGCUUGCUGCGCUGGCGCCUAACGCGCUGGCGCCAAACGCGCUGGCGCCAAACGCGUUGGCGCCUAGCGCGCUGGCGCAUAGCCCGCUGCGCGUUGGCGCCUAA